AAGAGAGGAUGAUCCCAGCGCGUAUAUAACAACCCUCUGGCUGGAUCACCAUCACACUCACACCGGGUGUACCACAGUGGGUGUACCAGGUGGAGUGUGCUAGGCACAUUGGGUAUACUUAAACACAGUGGGUGAAGCAGUGUACCAGGCACCAUUGGGUGUACCACAGUGGAUAUACCAGGUAUACUAGAUGUGCCAUGCAGUAGAUGUACCACACAAAGUGGGUGUACCCAUACCUCAGUGCUAGACGAGUGAUACACCAACCAUGGCCACACUGAAGGUGUUCACAGCUACUGUCUUUACGGUUCAGCUGCUGAGAGUAGAAGCUACAAGGUAUGUCUGGGAGCACACUAGACGUCUCUCUUCUGAGCUUCCUCCACACAGGGAUCGGCGAGACGGAUCAUCGAUGAUAACAGGUGUCUUGAACCCCCAUGCGAGAACCCAUGGUCUCCCUCCAAGAAAUUAUACCGGUUUCGACGGCUCAUGGGGCUUGUCGAAGUCGAGCGGUCGUCGAAGUACUGCAAGUCGCCAAGCACGUUCUAAGAAUGUAAGUCGAAUGCAACCCAGCACUAGGGCAGACGAAGAAGGAAGAAAAAGAAAGCACUUAUUCUCACCCUACCAGAAGGAAAGACAAUCUGUCUCUGUUCCAGGAACAAGCAGGUUAGAGUUGCCUCUUGUGCGGCGCAGAAACAAGACUUUCAGGAGUGAUGCAAGGGCAGAUUCCUCGAUUGAUUCUCAAAAGUCAGAUGCACAACAUAGCCACUCUUCCGAGAGAGACUAUUCAUGGAUAAAUUCCCCGGAAAACUCUCAUCUGAUGAAGAUUAGGGACAUUUUGAAGAUCGAAAAGGAACACUUAAUGGAUGAACCAGAACAAAAUGAAGAGAAAGUUCAUAUUUACAACAGGGAUGGAAAAGACGGAACAAAUUUUCCAGCCGAUGACGAUAAUUUAAGGCAAGGAAGCGUUUCUUGGGAGGGAAGAAGCCUUGGAGGGUGGGGAGGCAGAGUUGAGAAUCACUGGAUUACAGACAGUCACCAAGCCAACACCCAGAGUACCGCUCCGAGUAGGACCCAACAGGCCCAACACACCCCCGCUGAUUCUGCCUUGCAGUUCCGCCCUAGAAAACGGAAUAAAAAUAUUCACAAUUGCACUAGUCACCUGGAUCAACCAGAGAGCAGUAGCGGAUCUGGACAAAUAAACGCCCAGACAGACAGUGCUAGCAGUGCUCAACCCUCCAUUUUGACAAGCACGCAAGAGAGCGUGUUUGUGUCAGCUAUGUCAAAAGAAAAUAGAGUUACCACAACAGAUUCGACAAGGAAGAAAGUUGAGAAAGGAAGCUCGGAUGCUAUAGUGAUCCCGGCUCCAGCCAAGCGAGACUCAGGUGGUGUGCAGGUAAUAAAUUCGAGCAUGGCAAUCAUCAGCACUGAAGGGAAGUGGAACGAAACCAUGAUGGAACCAUUAUCAUCACAUAGUGCUAAAAACUGGUCUGUUAUCACGAAGAGUAGCGUAGAUAAUAUAGGCCCUAAUUUCUAUAAGACUUUCUCCUCCACACCAAAUAGUGAAAGUUCAGUGAAAAUUAUUAAUCAAGCCAUCGAUUUUACUGAACAAAAACAACGCAAUACAGAAAAUAGGUACAAACAGCCUAUAAAAGAAGUGAAUAACGUCACUACUCCAUGGGUGACUAGCGGACAUGAACACCAGCCUCGUCAUGACUUCAGUUUUUUUAAAUUUAAUGUAACUGAUCAUGAAAAUUCCUCAAGAUCUGACCAAGAUGAAAUACAAACGUUUCCACUGAAGGAAAUUCAAACAGGUAGACAGUCUCCCACCCGUCAGUACCUCACUGCUGAUCCAUCCCCCGAGUCCCACUUACCUGAGAAACCUCGGGGCUCUGACGAAGAACACAUGAAGAGCAAUAUCUUCGAGACUUCAGAGCAGGAGGACAGAGUCUUGGUGAAGAAGGAAGACAACCAGAAUGGCGAACACUAUUUAAAGGGACAAAUUACUGACUUGAAUGUUGGUACUGAAAAGACGAGGAAUCUUGGGAAUGGUGCAGUGCAAAGAGAGAAUGUGGAAGGGUUUGUGUGGCCGGGUGUCGAACCUGCGGGGAAGAACGAUCGUGAGGGGCGACAUUUCCCAAGCCAUGAUGAGGAUUCAUUCUUUGCGUCUUUCGAACGAUUCUUUGCGGAACAGUUCAAGGCUAAGACCUCCUCUGAGUCAAAAUCCGAACGGAUUCGUUCCAAUGGCUCGCUUAGCGGAGGCUUCGAAGACGAGAACAAUGAGCAGACUGACGAAGAUCAGAGCUGGAAUGGAGAUUUCCAGAAACAAGAUGUUUCCUAUGUAGACAAUAAAUUUACCUCUCAUCAGAAUUACAGAAGGCCACAAACUAAUGCUAACCAUAAGCAGCAUACUGUACCACAAUAUGAAGCACCACUGCAAUCUUUUUCGUCAUCGCCCUCAUUAAUCUUUGGAUUUAAAAUAUCUCCUAAAUAUUCUAAUUCUUUUCUUAAUCAGUCCACUCCUCAGUCUCUGCUUGCUACCUCCCGAGAAUCCUCUCUAGAUCAAGCACCUCGGGAUGUGCAGUUGUCGGCGGCAUCGAUCCCGGCAUCAGUUAUUACACCUACGCCAUUUCCCUUUUAUCAAUCAAAGAAAUUUCCAUCUUCGUCAGUUACUCCAACUCUAGUUCUUCCUUCAACGCCUCCUUCCAAGGUGAUUCCUACACACCCAACUCCUUAUUUACUGCCACUGCACUUAGAUGAUGCACCGUAUAACCCAAUAAAUAAAGAAAAAUCUCCUGUAAGCAACAUAUCUGAGCCUCCGGAGACACUUACCUCCUGUUUCAAGGAUAUACUGAGUCACAAGGAGCAGCCUUCGAUAGAUUUUUAUCAUUUCGAUUUUCAGAAAACAUCUAAAGCUCAUUUGUCAAAAGGUGAAGUGGCAUUCAAUGCAUUUCUUGAUAAAGGAGACGCCGACACUGAAGCUUCAGUAUCCUACGUACAAGAAACUGCUUCACCAACACCAAUCAGUAAUCAGGCAUCUCUUCCGAAACCUUUGCUGCAUUUGACGCCCCAAACAACACAGCCGAUUGUAUUGACCUCUCCCGACGCUUCAGCCUCAUAUCCUCUACCUGCGCUUCUUUUUCCUCCUCCUCUCCCGCCUCCUUUCCAUCCCUUUCGUCCUCUUAAUCCUCCUACCCACCUACUUCCAACUCAUCCUCAUUACAACCUUUUUAACAGAGGCAAAAUCAAAGAUUCUCAGUCUAAAAAUUCUGUCAGUCUUUUAAGAGUAAAGGAAAGACCUGCUCAGCCUCUCCACGAGUCAGUCAAAGAAGACACUGGACAUUAUUAUUACAAUCAAAAAGAAGACACUGGACAAUCUCUGGGGUAUGUUGACACACCUACUACUAAAAGACCAUCACACACAAGUAAAACUUAUCUACAAAAUUCUGACAACAAAAGCACAAAUGCUGUUGCUACUUUAGUUAAUGGUAGGCACUCUGUUCACCAUGUUCAACAUCUUCCUUUUGUCCAAGAUAACAUGGCAGUUCGCGCUAAUGUUGAGAGCAGAAGGCCUCAAGGCAACCACAAGAGCAGGAUUCCCAUUUUGUAUCAAGUAAUCAAGAGACCCUUGAAAGGUGAAGGAAACAGAGGACCUCAUUCUAGAUUCCGAAAUGGAAAACGACUCUCGAGACCCCAAGACUAUCACGAUAAUCGCAGGCUGGUAAACACUCUCGCAAGCUCGAGUUUUGGCAAUACUCGGGGAAGCAUUUAUGGUCUGGAUUCAGAAGCUGAUACGAGAAAAAUCUCUCAACUAAGUGGGCCUCAUCAGUUACCCAUGAGACCUCCAGAGUAUCACCUUAAACCUCCACCUGCUAAUUUCGACAACGACAGAAAUAAAGAAAAUAUGGAAAUUCAAGUACAUAAACAUGAUGGAAAUAAAAAGUCACUUCAAGAAAGCCUCUUAUGCAAUGAAACAAAAGAAAAUGAAAAGUGUUUCCAGUCAUCUCCGAGUGGUGGAGGUCUUGUGGGUAGUCAGACAACUGAACCAUCGCAAAGUUUCCAGUAUUUGAAAUUAUCAACUAUACAUCCUCAUCAGUCUAGACCAACAGGUCAUGUCACAGGACCUCCUUCUCCACCGUCUUUCCCUUCCGUUGAGCAGUAUACCCCACCUCCACGCUAUAAUUCUUUUGGUCUUUUAUCUUACCGACCGCCACCUCGCCGGCCAAAACACCAUGAGACAAGGAAGUCCCUCUCGCCUCCAUUACCAUCCCCAGCAUCCAAUAAUAAGCCUUCGACUUACUCCAGUCAAACCAGAAACCCAAGAGCUCAUCUUCCUCAUCCAGAUAGAGUAGUUGUCAACCUCACAUCUCCAACAGGAAGUAGAACUCACUUUAGGAACUUUCUUCCUCAGAGCAAAUCCACUUCUCUCGGGUCUUCGGAAGGAGAUAAUCCACGUUUUCGACCGGGCAAAGAAUCAGAAAGUGAUUUCAAGCCCAUGUACGAAGUCUCGCAGCCAAUUCCAAAGGUUCCAAACCCUAGCGGAUCUCGAAUGUCAGAGAGUCAUGCAGAGAUGAUGAAGAACAUGCAAUACGGCGUCAAUGGAGUACCUCUUGAUAUUUGGAUUCCCAUAUAGAUUAUUAAUCGUUUAUAAAAUACUGAAUUAAAAAAUGCCAACUUCCUUACCUGUAAAACAUCACUGAGAAUUCUAUAUUUUUAUAUUUUUUUUCUACUACGACUGUGACUUAUCAUCAGUUUCUAGCUGUUGUGAUGCCAGUAUCUCCUAACAUUUAUUUCUCCUACUGUCAAAUUCGAAUACGCAUUUUUACUUAUCUUAUCCUUCAUUAUAUUCCUCAAAGUUUACCUGCUUCUGCAACAAACCAUUUACAGUCAUAUAACAACGAAGGGUUAAUCACUGAAAAAAUAUUCGUCACAAAAAUUACGCAGUAUCACAACAACGAUGAUCACCACGACCACGGAAACGACGACCAUGCAGGACAUUGCAAACAACGAUCCCGACUCCUCGGUACAAAGAUACACCUCUAGCCUGCCCUUCCUCACACAUACGUUAAGAUAAUACUCUUCCAUAAAAAAAAGAAUACAGAGAUCACUGGGGGUGAUUAUGAAGCGGUGAGCGCUGCAAGCUCAAUGAGAACAAAGGAAGAAGGAUAACGAAGAACCAUCGAGUGUAUAACACCUGCAGCAUAGGAAAACUGUUUAUUAAACGGCCUUUCGACCUGAACUAAUGUGACUACUAGAGCACUACUGAGGGCGAAAUGUGUAUUACAAACAGUCGCCCUUCUACGAGAGCUUUACACUCUGAGUAGAAAAAUAAAUCUUGUCCAACAGAGAAAUAUGACUGAUGUGGAUUAAAUGGCAUUGUAAAGAGGAAAUGAUUGAUUGUUUGACAGAACAGAUUGUAAACAAUCUCAAUAUGUAUAUUGGAUGAAAAAACAUCUGUAGUCGA